AUGGCCUCUGAAUCCCUGUUGAAUAGCUUGAGGUCUGCAAGCCAGGUCGACUGCGACACUCUUGACGUGGAAGUUGCCAAAGAGCUGGGCCCUUUCGUGGACUGCACCUCCAACCAGGCCAUCGCGUUCAAUGAGCUGACCAAGCUCACCCCUGACGGUAAAUUCUACCACGAGCAGCUCAUUCGAGAUGCUGCCAAAGACGCACAGAGCUGGGCGAAAGAAACCUGGUCAGACGUUGACCCGGUUCUUCUCGCCGUUGAGAUCAUGAUGGUCAGACUGUCGCUGCAGUUUGCCCCCUAUUUGACGGGCUACUUUCAUGUUCAGACCAACACACACUUCUCUUACUCGAUUGAGAAGACUCGCUAUAAUGCUGAGAGAAUUGUCGAAAUGUUCAAGAAGAUCGACCCCAGCUUUGAUAUCAAGCGGGUAUGCAUCAAGAUUCCCUCUUCCUGGGAAGGCAUUGCCGCAUGCAAGAUCCUCGAGCAAAAGGGCAUCGCCACUCUGGCAACAACCAUGUUCUGUAUGGAACAAGCUGCCCUGGCCGCUGAUGCCGGCUGCACAUACAUUGCUCCCUACGUCAAUGAGCUCAAAGUGCACUUUGUCCCUGGGUAUGUUGACGAGAAUAAAGCCUUCGACUUCUGCAGAACCGCCCAGGCAUACUACAUCGAGAAGAAGGCGAAGACAAAAGUGCUUGCCGCCAGUCUGACUUCAGUAGCUGAAGUCAUGCAGCUCGCGGGCAUCCAGCACGUGACUGUAUCACCGCCCUUGCUCCGGGGUUUGGCGGCUCAGUCGGCUUCAACGUCGACCGAGAAGGUCGGCGGCUACUUUGAUGCAGGCCCGGACAAGAAGUGGACUACCGACUUCGAGGCGGAGUUGAAGGAUGAGAGUGCGUGGCGCCUUGCCUUCACGCGCAGUGGAAAUGGAAAGUAUGAGGAGAAACUUAUACAGGCGAUCAACAUCUUCUCGGACAAGCAAGAUGAGCUCGAGGAGCUCGCCCGUCGAUACUUCGUCAGCACAUUUGCGCCGACUCUUGGUUGCAACUGUAACAGCGAGUAUGACUGA